UUAACGGGAAAGUUUCCAAACUCUAAAAAAGUUAGGGGACAAAAGUCAAAAAAACGCUUAAGAUAAAACGGAAGAGAGGCCUUAAGGUCAUAUCACGGUCAUCAUCUUUCUCUUCUCCGGUCCGGUUCUCCUUCUCCACACACACACACACACACUCUCUCUCUCUCUCUCUAUGGACCCUCCACCGGCGAAGAGCUGGAGCAUCCACACCCGGCCGGAGAUAAUCCAGAAGUACCAGAUCCUCGAGCGGGUCGGCUCCGGCGCAUACUCCGACGUCUACCGCGCACGGCGGCUCUCCGACGACGCCGUGGUGGCGCUGAAGGAGGUCCACGACUACCAGUCGGCCUUCCGCGAGAUCGAGGCCCUCCAGAUCCUCCGGAACUCCCCCAACAUCGUCGUUUUGCACGAGUACUUCUGGCGCGAGGACGAGGACGCCGUUCUCGUCUUGGAGUUCCUGAGGACCGACUUGGCGUCGUUGAUCGCCGACGCCAAGAAGAGAAAUGAAAUCGCUGUCGGAGAGCUUAAGAGGUGGAUGCUCCAGAUUCUCUCUGGAGUUGACUCGUGUCACCGGAACAUGAUCGUGCAUCGGGAUUUGAAGCCCAGCAAUUUGUUGAUCGGAGAUGAUGGGGUGCUCAAGCUUGCCGAUUUUGGGCAGGCAAGGAUACUGAUGGAGCCUGGAUAUGUUGGUAGUAAUGAGAAUCCUUUAAACGGGGCAGAAUCCAUUCAGCCACCUGAAGCGACCCCUCCAACAGAGAGUUCAUAUCAAGAAAGGCAUACCGUUCAAGAGCAAGAGUAUGGAACAAUGAGCAAAGAAGAAGAAUAUUUGCGAGUGUUAGAUGAGGUAAAGGCCAAAGAUUCCGAUAAGGAGACAAACGUUUGCGACGGAGAUGCGUCUUGUUUAGCCACUUGCACGACAAGCGACGUAGACGUGGAUGAUCCGUUCAAGAGUUCCUAUUCUUACGAGGCAGAGGAGGUUGGAGAUGACAACAGACACGGUUGUCUCACAUCAUGUGUCGGAACUCGUUGGUUCAAAUGCCCUGAGCUUCUCUAUGGAUCCACUAACUAUGGCUUAGAGGUUGAUUUAUGGUCGUUGGGAUGCAUCUUCGCCGAGCUCUUUACUCUUGAGCCGCUUUUUCCAGGAUCAGCCGAUAUCGACCAGCUAAGCAGAAUCAUCAGUGUUUUGGGAAACUUGACUGAGGAAGUCUGGCCAGGCUGCGCUAAACUUCCUGAUUACAGGAUAAUUUCCUUCAACAGGGUUGAAAAUCCGAUCGGUUUGGAGGCCUCCCUUCGCAAUCGUUCCCCGGAGGAAGUUUCUCUUGUGGAAAGACUUGUUUGUUAUGACCCUUCUAGUAGAGCGACAGCAAUGGAGCUACUUCAGGAUAAGUAUUUCAGCGAAGAGCCUCAUCCAGUUCCUGUGUGUGAACUGCAUGUUCCUUUGACCAAAACGGUACAGGAUGAGGAUUCUCCCUGUGGGAUGAGUUCAGAUUCGGAUUUUGAUGACUUUGGCCCCGCGACCUUCACCACCACAAGUGCUGGUUUUUCCAUUCAGUUUUCGUGAGCUCGAAGGGCAUUAAGGUUUUUUUUUUGGUAUUCUUCUGAAGUUCAUAAAUUUAGUUCUUUACAAUAUACUGUUUCAAACGAGCGACCUGAAAAUUCUGUUUUAUUGGGCGUGUGUGUGUCUUUGAAGCGACAGCGACCUGAAACAUUACUGUUUGAUGGGGAUAAUUUAGUUCGGUACUAAUGAUAGUGCUUGGCAGUGCAUAUGACACAACUCAGUAGAGUAUAGGCAUAUUUCUAGAUCGCUUCCAAUCAGAAUGAGAAGAUUGUGCAAAUUG